CAGACACGGUGCGGGUCAAUUUGACAUGACGACAUUGAUAAACUUGAGUGAUUGAAUAAGUCGUUGUAACUAGUGCGAAUGCUAACAAGACAUUAAUUUGUUGGAAUAGCUUAGCUGAGAAUAUCCACAUUUUACUCGCAUAUUGUUCAAACCGACCGAAAAAUAUUGUACAUUAAAAAUAAAGAACAAAAAAAAAGUUUACAGAAGCGUUCGUUAUGGAUACGAUAACAUCGUUAAAUCAAUCUAUAAACAACGUUACACUAAUAAUAGAUUCAAGUAGACAAGUGACUAAAGUGCUUUUGGAAAAGUUUAAGAGAAAUCGUAAUAUUGACGGCAGUGCUUAUUACAUUCUAAUAAUUCUUUAUGGAAUACUAAUCAUAUUUGGCACACUCGGCAACUGUUUGGUCGUAAUUGCGGUCGCUCGGAAAUCGAAUAUGAGAACUGUACGCAAUUUAUUUAUCGUAAAUUUAGCUGUAUCGGAUCUGCUACUAUGCAUAGUCACGAUGCCGUUAACACUUAUUGAAAUCUUAACGAAAUAUUGGCCCCUUGGUGAUUAUGGAAACUUAUGUAAGAUGAUUGGUGCUCUGCAGGCAAUAAGUAUUUUUGUGUCAACUAUAUCAAUAACAAGCAUAGCACUUGAUCGUUACCAAGUCAUAGUAUAUCCAACACGUGAAAAUCUACAAUAUAUGGGCGCUGUUAUUGUUAUCAUAUUCAUCUGGUCUUUGGCUUUGCUCUUAGCAUCACCAAUGAUAAUAUUCAAAAGGCUGGUCAACCAUUCGAUAAAUCUUCACAACCAUGGAAUAGACUCGGUAUCUUUCUGUAUAGAAGAUUGGCCAAUUAACUACGGCCGCGCCAUAUAUUCAGCAUUCACAUUAUUCGUUCAGUACUUGUUACCAAUUGUAAUCGUAUCUAUUAUCUACUUACAAAUAAAUAAUAAAUUGAACAAUCGCAUACCAACGACCAUAAAUGUUAGCCGACGAAACAAACGACGAAGUCACCGAAUGCGACGCACCAAUUGCCUGUUGACCAGCAUCGCAAUUAUAUUUGGAAUUUCGUGGCUACCGCUAAAUAUUUUCAAUCUGUAUUCCGACGUUUACUUGGAAAAAGAAGUGUUCACCCAGAACUUGCUGGUGAUAUACGCUAUUUGCCAUAUGAUGGGCAUGAGUUCGGCCUGUUCGAAUCCCGUUUUGUAUGGAUGGUUGAACGAAAAUUUUAAGAAAGAAUUCCGAGAAAUUUUGCGUUUGGACCGGGCUUGUAAUAGUGGCGUCAACGAACGGGGUACUGUCAAUGCGAAAUAUUCAUGCAACUACACGAAUCCCAACAAAUGUGUUAGCAAGACCACUACCGUAGUUUUCGAUGCGUCAUUGAUGGAUCAUGCAUUGUCGGUGGACUCUAUACCAGUGAAUGCUAAAUGAUUGUAGGCUGCAAAUUUUUUAAGUUAUCCUUGAAUGUUAAAUUAAGUAAGCAAUUCAAUAAACGGCUUG